AUGGGGGAGAAUACAGGAAAAUUGGGUCGAUUUCCACCUAUAAUGCAUCAACACUCAGUACCUGCAGAUGGCCAGACCCCUGGGGCUCGUUUCCAGAGGUCUCACCUUGCAGAGGCAUUUGCCAAGGCCAAAGGAACAGGUGGAGGCAGCGGAGGAGGUAGUGGAAGAGGCCUGAUGGGGCAGAUUAUUCCAAUCUAUGGCUUUGGGAUAUUUUUAUAUAUACUAUACAUUCUCUUUAAGCUCUCAAAAGGGAAACCUGCAGAGGAUCGGAAAUGCUCCACCACCACACCUGGAAACACACACAGGAAAAUUACCAAUUUUGAGCUUGUCCAACUGCAAGAAAAACUGAAGGAGACAGAGGAAGCCAUGGAAAAAUUAAUCAACAGAGUGGGACCUAAUGGUGAGAGAGCACAGACUGUGACUUCCGACCAAGAGAAACAAUUGCUGCAUCAGCUCCGAGAAAUUACUAGGGUCAUGAAAGAAGGGAAGUUUGUCGACAGAUCUACUCCAGAGAGGGAAGCAGAGGAAGCCCCGUACAUGGAGGACUGGGAAGGUUACCCUGAAGAGACUUACCCAAUUUAUGACCUUUCAGACUGCAUCAAGCGCAGGCAAGAAACAAUCCUGGUCGAUUACCCUGAUCCAAAAGAGCCUACUGCUGAAGAAAUAGCUGAAAGAAUGGGAGUGAUGGAAGGGGAGAAAUCAGACCAUUUGGGCUGGGAACAUCUGCCUACUGAUCCCAGAGUCCAGGAAGAUAAUUCUAUUGCCUUGCAUGACCUAGAGCCAGAAACAUGUCCCUGCUGUUUUCAAGAAGAGGAAGAUCCUGCUGUCUUGGCAGAAAAUGCUGGAUUCAGUAUAGAUAGCUUCAGUGAGAAAGAGCAAAUUACUAAAGAAGACUGGCCUCAAGAUUUUAGAGAUGAAGGGCUGGGCAUCAGUGUUGAUCAAGCACACACAGGUGGCAUGUUGAGGAAGCGUAACCCACAGGUUUUAGAGUGAAAACAGCCAGUUUGGUGAAGUAUCCUUUACUGUAGUCCCAAGUUGACCUUUCUCUCUGAUUUCAUUCUUGGCGCUGUGCCCUCUAUGUCCUUCUCUGUCUUUGAAUGUCAUAGCUAUCAGGCCACCAUGGUAUCCUUCCUGGUGCUCACACACCUGUCACCUUGUAAAUCAUAGACAUUAGUGUGUACAUAAGACAGCUUCAUUCUUUUUCUGCUUUCUACCUAUAACAGAAUCUGAUGCAUUAAGUAAUUAUAUUAGGCAUAUCAUAUUUACAGAUGGCACCACUUGGGCAAAGUCUGCUUCUUCCUGCUAGGAGUUUACCUGUGAAUGCACAUCAGUUAACAGAUGAUGAGAAUUUAAGGUUGCAAGAGUGAAGAUUUCAGAGUCCACAAUGCCUUAUUUGGGCAGGUUAGUGGUCCUCUAGGAAGAAGAAAAUGUUUUGUUUGUGGGGAAGAUGGGCCCAGGGCAGGACAAGAUUGCCCUUAAGCUGAAGCCUCUUCCUUUCAGAGAGGGUCUUUUCUAGGAGCAUUGAUGCCAUCUCAGAUCCUUUUUUUUUCCUUCAUAGUGGAACACUCCUACCGACCUGGGCAUGACCCCAUAGGCCUAUUUGAGAACUGUUGUGCUCUUAGUAUUGCCUGGAUCUCUAGCUUAAAACCUCCAUGCUCAGAGUAUUUCUGGACUUGAGGAAACUUUAAAGACUUUAGGUAGCCUUUCUCUGCAGAGUCAAGAUUUGAGGCUGUUGAGGCUACAAGAAGGCCUAUGAAUGAUGGUCCUGCUAUGAGUUGUUCAGAAGGCCAAGGAUCCAAGAGGAGAGAGGAUCUGUGCACUUAAUAGUCCUUGCCUAGAAACAGUGUCUGAAAAUUGUAUCUUUGAGAAGUAUGUUCUCAUAACCACAUGAAUGGAAACAGAAACGAGGACUGAGCUUGUAUACAGAGCACCAGCUCAACAGAGAAGGUACAUUGUUUGUAUGAAUUACCAUUAUAGCAAUGCCUAGAAGGGACUGUGCUUUCUAUAUUUGAAUAUUUGGAGCUUCAGGGAGAGUUAGGACAAGUAGGAAGUAAACUAUGAUUACUGGGAGGAUUUUGACUAAACUAAAGGCUAUUGGUACGUGUUUUCACAAGACAAGACAGUACCUGUGAAUUUUGUUUAACAUCAAGGGUGAGUGAAUUUAUACAAUUUAUACAAUUAAGACUUGCAAGUUUAAAGAUGGCAUGUUCCCCAGGACAUUCCCAGUGAUAAAAUGGGAUGGACACAAGAAUUAGGAAAUUAUGUAAAGGUAGUUACAGCUUUUUAUAGAGUUCAUUGUACCUGGCAUGAAUCUGAUGUCAAGAACAUAGUUAAAACCACUCAUAUUGGCAUACAAACUGUGAGAAGGUAUUGGAUUGCAGUAAGACAAUCUAUUAGCUACUAUGGGCAUUACUAUUAGUAACUAAACUUUAGAGGAAAAAAACAUUGAGAAUUGAGUCUAUAGAAAAUAUUUUGCAUCACAUGUAUUGAACAUCUAAUUUACAUUGUAAAGAAUACAGUUUAAAAUGUACUAAAGUCAACCUAGAUAUAGUGUACAAAUACUAAAGGUAAAAAAAGCAUUCGUAGUGUUUUAGUAAGUUGUUUUCUUUGUGAUUUUCUCUCAUUUAUCAUGGGGGUCAUUUGAGGAGAGAUGAUUUUAUCCUAGAUCACUGGUUCAAAUUUCUUUUUUUGUUUUUCCCCCGAAUAUAAUUCUU